AUGCUUCUCACGGCUUUCCAACCCCUUCUCGGCCUCUUAACUCUCUCCGAGCCGCCAAUUAGCGAGGCGGAAUGGUGGUUCUUCGCGGGUCUCUCCGCGUUUCUCGUCGUGUUCGCGGGCCUAAUGUCCGGGUUGACGCUCGGCCUCAUGUCGCUGAGCCCCGUGGACUUGGAGGUGCUGGUGCAGAGCGGCACGGCGGACGAGCAGCGGCAGGCGGCCGCGAUUAUCCCUGUAGUGGAGAAACAACACGAGCUGCUGGUCACGCUGCUGCUGUGCAACGCAGUUGCGAUGGAGAGCGGCACGGCGGACGAGCAGCGGCAGGCGGCGGCAAUUAUCCCUGUAGUGGAGAAACAACACGAGCUGCUGGUCACGCUGCUUCUCUGCAACGCCGUCGCGAUGGAGGUACGCGUGAAGCCUUUUGAGGCUUGCCUACUGCUGCCCUUCUUCAUGAGCACAGAUCCGCGAUGGAGAUUCGCUCGUUGCUGCAUGUCCGUUACUCCUCGAAUCAUCACAUCCUCACAUCAUUGCACCAUCCCACCAUCGCAGGCCCUGCCGGUGUUUCUCGACCGCCUGGUCCCUCCAGCUGUCGCCAUUGCACUCUCCGUCUCCUUCGUGCUGCUCUUUGGUGAGGUGAUUCCGCAAGCGGUGUGCUCGAGGUACGGGCUGGCAGUGGGCGCCAAUCUCAUUCCCCUCGUGCGCUGCCUCAUGCUUCUCUGCUGGCCCAUCGCCUUCCCCAUCGCCAAGGUGCCUCUGCCCCCCCUCUCUCUUCACUCACCCGCUUGCUCAGAAGCUUCCUGUUUUGCGACCCUCCACUGUUUUGAGCUACAUGUUUUCCCACUGCUGAAGGUGCUGGACUAUCUACUGGCGCCAGCAGCUCAAGGCACAGAGGUGUGGUGGGGAGCCAGCAGGCAAAGAGAUAUGGGGCAUGACGAUCCACCCACCCAUACCACCUCUACCCCCCCACUUCCCCCACCCACACCCUCCCCCCAGGUGUUGGACUAUCUGCUGGGGCACGAUGACCCGCUCUUCAGGCGCCAGCAGCUCAAGGCACUCGUCAGCAUCCACGGUGCAGAGGUGCGGUGGGGGGCGAGCAGUUGCAGAGGUGGGGUGAGGGAAAGGAGUGGGGUGCGAGAAGGGCGGCAUGGGAGGCGAGCUGACUCACAGCGACGUUUGGGACGUCUCAAAUUUCCACUCUCAGUUGCCAAUCCCCCCCUCCCCAUGGCCGUCCCCCACCUCUCAUGUCACCACCAGGCGGGCAUGGGAGGGGAGCUGACUCGCAGUGAGACCACCAUCAUCAGUGGCGCUCUUGAUCUCACACAGAAGGUGAGGUUCAGCCUGCGGGACACGAUGGGGCGCAUUCUAGCAAGGGGCCACAGCCGGGUGCCGGUGUAUCGGGGCCAUCCCAGCAACAUCAUAGGCGUGCUUCUCACCAAGACGCUCCUCACCGUGCGCCCCGAGGAUGAGACCCCUGUCAGCUCCAUCUCCAUCCGCCGCGUCCCCAGGAUGGCAGCGAGCUUGCCGCUGUACAGUGUGCUGAACGAGUUCCAAAAGGGCAGCUCGCACAUGGCCGUGGUCGUCAAGAAGAAAACCCCGCCCCCUCCCACCCAUGCUUCCCUCGCUGCUGCCGCUGCUGCUGCUGCCGCCGCCGCCGGUGGUGGUUCUGCUGGUGCUGCUGGUGGGGGUAUGGGGGCGGUGCAAGCAGGGGAAGUGCAAGUGGGGCAGGCAGAUGUGCUGACGAUCUCAAUGCCCACGAGCACAUCGGAGUCCUCUCAGCACGCACUCUUCAACGACCCCACCUACUGUGAGACUCACAACCAGGGAGGCAACAGCCGCCGCAACUCAGAAGACCUGCACGAGCAUGGUUAUGGCUAUGGGGGUGGGUAUGAGUAUGGGAGUGGGAAUGCGUAUGGGUAUGGACGGAGUCAGAACAGUCAGCAGCAGGAGCCCAGGACGCCUCCCCCUCAGGGGCACGCACAAGGCACUGUGUUCCGAGGAGCAUCCACUGGAGAUUCACCCUUGCAGCGCUCCCUCACUCCUCCUCCUGGCCAUUACCAUCAGCAUCCGCAUGCGUCUCACCAUCCGCAUGAGUCUCACCAUCCGCAUGCGUCUCACCAUCCGCAUGAGUCUCACCAUCAGCAGCAGCACUAUCGGUUUGAGCGCCCCAGGACGCCCCCGCCUGUGCUGCUGGCUGCAGAAACAGCGGCUCUGGCGACUGGAGGGUCUUCCGCUGCCGCUGCCUUCGCUGCUGCUGCUGCCUUCGCUGCUGCUGCUGCCAGUGCGGGAUACGAGCACACCCAUGGGGUCGCUGGUGCUCCUGGUGCUGCUGCUGGGUUUGAGCAUACCCACGCGCCUGCUGUGGCAGAGGCAGGGUUGGGUCUAAUCCACACGGAGGCACAUGCACCCAAGCGUGUGCAGUGGCAGGAGCACCCAGGCAUGCCUCGUGCAGGCCUGUCUGUGGGCGCUGUAUCUCGUACUCAUGCAGCAGGUGCAGCAGGGGGGGCGGUAGGAGCAGCAGCAGCAGGUGGGCUAACAGGGGGCGGAGCAGGAGGGUGGGCAGGGUGCGGAGCAGGGGGUGCAGCAGCGGGGGGAGCAGGGGAGGAGGAGGGUAUAGAUGUGGUGUAUACUACCAAGGAGCGGAAGGCAAGGGCGGGGAGGAGGGAGGGCCAUGGAGGGAGUGGGAGGGCGGAGGGGCAGAGGAGAGAGCAGGAGAGGGAAGGGGCAGUGGGAGGGUGGAGGUGGGAGAGGAGGGAUGAGACGGAGGAGGUGGUGGGGAUUAUCACACUGGAAGACGUGAUUGAGGAGCUGCUGCAGGUGCGUAAAAGGCCAACUGCGGUUGUGUGCAGUUGUGUGCAGCUGUGUGCGGUCGUGAGACGGAAAGUUUUAAUCGAGGAGCUAUUGCAGUGCAGGUGUGCUGGUUCCUCGCAUGCUGUCGUGUGCGAUGGGAAGGCCAUUGAGGGCCCAUCUAUGCUCGCUCUCCUGUACAACACCUAUCCUUGUUUCUCCAUUGUGUUCUCCUUCCUCCUAGGUGGUCCCACAGGAGGAGACAGUGGAUGA